AAAAUUAAAAGGAUGAACGUCGAGGAAAUUUGGGUGGUUUUAACUUGAAAGACGCUUUUCACAAACAAUAAUAAUUCGGGGAAAGCCGAGCGCUCUUAACUGCCAUGGCCGUGGGUCAGUUCAACUCUCUUCCCCGCUUGUGCAGAACCACAGCACCCUUAUCUCCAAUCUCAUACACCCGUUUAGUCUCAACUGUUAGCAUUCCCGUUUGCACUGCUUCCAACGUAUUGAAGCUCCCGACCACCAGGCGGAAUAGGGCUGUUUCUGCUCUGGUUUCUGAAGAGAACGCAGUCGGGUCGAGUUCUUCUGGAACUGAUGUGUUCAAACUCACUUACUUAGAGGGGAAUAGUUGGUUGUGGGAUGUUGGUGGAUUGAAAAUACUGGUUGAUCCAAUCUUGGUGGGUAAUUUGGAUUUUGGAAUUCCCUGGCUUUAUGAUGCUGCCAAGAAGUUUUUGAAGAAAUUCCAGCUUAGCGAUCUUCCUGAAAUUGAUUGCUUACUGAUUACACAAAGCCUUGAUGAUCAUUGCCAUCUGAAGACCCUGAAGCCCCUCUCUGAAAAGUCCCCAAAUCUUAGAGUCGUGGCAACUCCCAAUGCUAGGCCACUGUUGGAUCCCCUUUUUAGCAAUGUCACGUACAUUGAACCUGGUCAGAGCUCUGUUAUUGAAGCAAGAAAUGGUUCUACAGUCAGAAUUCAGGCCACUCCAGGGCCAGUUCUAGGUCCUCCAUGGCAGCGCCCGGAGAAUGGGUAUCUUGUCAAUUCUCCUCAGGGCCAACAGACUCUUUACUAUGAACCCCACUGUGUAUACAACAAGAGUUUUCUGGGAAAGGAAAGGGCUGACAUUAUCAUCACACCAGUCAUAAAGCAGCUUCUGCCUAAAUUUACACUGGUUUCGGGACAAGAAGAUGCAGUUCAACUUGCAAGGGUGCUGCACGCCAAGUUCAUCGUGCCAAUGAAAAAUGGGGACCUUGAUAGCAAAGGGCUUCUUUCUAGUAUAAUUCAAGUUGAGGGAACAAUAGAAUCAUUUAAGGAGCUAUUGUCAAAGGAACUACCAGAUGCUCAGGUCUUAGAGCCUACUCCUGGUGUACCACUACAAAUCCCAGCACCUUCAAAUCUUCUGUAGUGCAUCUUUAUAAUCUACCAUCUAUUCAAGUUGUGUAUACAAUGUUUGAGUUUUAUAAAUUUCAGGUAGGAUCUCUAAAUUAGAAGGUGAUGGCACGUAGGAAAGCUCUAAGUACUGUGGUAUAGCAAGCGCUACUAGCAACAUAAUUUAGGCAUGGUUCUGUGAAAGGAGAGAAAAGGUGGUCCUAAGUCCAGGAUCCACUAGACUCUUUUCUUUAAACCAUUGAAGAGCUGCAAUUAUCUGAAUUUGUAUGAUCUAUAACUGCAGGCAGGGAAACAGUGAUUUUCUAGUAGUUUUGUUAAUGUCAAUCCAUUGAAUCAGUUGACAGCUAGAGAAAUUACCAAUCAAGUUAAAUAUAUUACAUAAAAGGGAUAUA